CUAAGUUGUAGUGUAAGGACGAGUCUUGGAAGCACGCAACAUCAUGGAACAUUCUGCGCUCAAGACCAGCGAAGUUUCUACCGACGCAGUUCCGAGAAAAUUUGACAUUAAAACCUGCUUGCCAUGUGGUCAUCAUAUACCUCCUGAUUACCUGAUCGCAUGGACCCAGUCCCAGCUUGAACACAAACAUACUGAAUUCACCUGUCCAAAGUUUAUCCAACCAAAUAAACGGCUCUGUGCCAGCUUCUCCUAUCAGACCGUCUGUGAGCUGGUUCAGCUGAAGCCAAAGACACAACAGUAUUUUGAAGAGACAAUUUCAGCACUCACUGCCUUGACAUUGUGUGACUACAAAAAAUGUCCAGGUUGCCAUUCUUACGUGGAGAGAGCAGAGCCCAAUAACCUGUGUGUCCAGUGUUCCAUCUGCACCUCUAAGAAGGGUCGCAUCUACCAGUUUUGCUGGCUCUGCCAGCGGGAGUGGAAAGGACCCUAUGCCAAUGCCAAGCACUGUACCAAUGAGGGCUGUGGGCAGAGGAAGGUUUCUCAAGGAGAUUCAAUUUCAUCUUUUAAAUGGUGCCUUCGUGAAUUCAAGACCAGGACAGAAAAGGAUGAUAUUUACAUGUCUAUGGAUAAGUCUGUGAACCGAACACGCUUGGCUCUACUCAUCAACAAUGUGGAGUUUGAGCAAGAAAGUGACAGAACAGGAGCUGAGGUUGAUGAGAAGAACAUGAGGAUCCUACUUGAAAACUUGGGAUACGCCGUGUUCAUACUCAGGAAUCUGACUUCAAAGGGCAUGGAAUCUGCUAUGGCAGAUUUCUCUCAGAGGGGGGAACACCUCCAGUCCGACAGUUGUUUUGUGGUGAUCAUGUCCCAUGGAAUUCAGGAGGGUAUCUGUGGUGUUUCUUAUGGUGAUAAUCUGAAGGACAUCUUACCUGUUGACACUAUUUUCCACCAUCUCAACACUCCAAGCUGCCCAGCCUUGCGCGAUAAACCCAAAGUGAUUCUCAUCCAGGCUUGUAGAGGAGGGGAAGAAGGAGAUGUGUGGGUUGCAGACAGUGCCCCCAUUCCUAGGAGCAAGAAAGAGCACCGUGAGAAAGACUUCAUUUGCUUGAGAUCUUGCACUCCAGAUACUGUGUCUUACAGAAAUCCUAAAACAGGUUCAGUGUUCAUCCAGACCAUCGUGAAAACACUUAAUGAGCACGCCCAUGAGGACCAUAUCGAAGAGCUUUUCAGGAAGGUACUGAAGAAAUUCAAGGACAGCUUCCCUGAUCAGAUGCCAUGCAAGGAUCGGACUACUCUCUCAAGAAAGUUUUAUCUUUUUCCAGGACUGUGAAUGUAAUUCUCAAAAGGAUGCACAGCCAUUUGGCAUGCCUCUGGAUUGGUCAUGCAUAUCCUGUAUCUUAAACGCAGGGUUUGGACAAUUGAAAUAGUUACAGCUCAGUUAGGCCUAUAGCAUGAUGCUGACUGAGAGAAACAACACAUCCAAUUUGGAGUGUUGGGGUGUAUUCUAAUCUUGCACAAUUACAGACAUCCUGUGAACAUUUUCCCCUAAAUUGUCAUAUUGCAAUAAUGUUGUAAACUGUACUGUAUUUUCUAUGUAGAUCAUGUUCAUGAAAAGGUUCAGGUCUUACAAAAUGCUACAAAAAGUUUAUAGUGGUUUUUAUUCUCCAGCAUAUUGGGAGCCAGUGUAAUGAUACUACUGUAGAACAGGAGUGAUGUGUUCAUACCGCUUGGUCUUAUUUAGGAGCCUGGCAGCAGAGUUUUGGACUACUUGAAGCCUGUGUAAGGACUUUUGAGUGAGGCAUGUGAAAAGACUGUUACAAUAAUCCAGGCGUGAGAUGUAAGAUAGUUUCUCUGAUAAUAUACAGUAGGUCUUCUAAGAUUGCACAAGGUUUGCAAUAUGGUGUUCAAAAUCUAUAUUGCCUUCAAACCAGAUGCCAAGAUUCAGAGACAGGCUUGUAUCUGUUCUGUAAGGGAUUUAAAAAUGGGAAAAUUUAAUUCGCCAUGUGCUGGGACCCAAUGACAAGGAUCUCUGUUUUGUCAAAAGUUAGCGACAGAAAGUUAUUUGACAUCCAGUUUUUAACAUCAGUAAGGCAGUCAUUCAGUGAGUUAAGCCUACAAGUAUCUGAGGGCCUAAGUGGAAGGUAAAUCGGUGUAUCAUCUGCAAAGAAGUGAACAGACACACCAUGUUUCUAGAAAAUGUGACUAAGGGGGAGCAUACAGUAUAAGAUACAUAAAAUUGGUCUCAAAACAGACCCCUGUGAUACACCAUAUUAAGAAUUUUAGAUAUAAGUUGGAUAUCUGCAGUUUUGAGGGAGAGAGGGGUCAAGCUCAGACUUUUUUUAGCAAGGGGUUCACAAAGGUAGUUUUAAGAUAAUCAGGGAGGGACAAUACCAUUACACAGAAUUAGAUGGAAAGCAGGCAGGGCCCAACAGAUUCCAUCACCUCUAAUGGGAAUUUAGUUGGUAUAAUGUCGAGAGGGCUGGAAGACACUUUCAUGUGAGGCACAGUUUCUAAAAGUUCAGAUAAGCUGAUGUGAUCAAACUUGUUGAGAAUGAGGGACCUGUACUGUUAGUAACUUGGAUCAGGAGUAAUAGAGGCUCUAAUAGCCUCCACCUUGGUAAAAUAGGAUUUUUUCACAAUCAGCAUCACUUUAAACUGGGGCACAAGUUGGGUUGGGUUUACCAGAUAAUCUCCUGUUUUGAAUAAAAAUCUUGGGCUGUUCGUACGGGCAGCAAUACAUUCUGAAAAAUACUGUGAUCUUGCGUUCUUAAAGGGAUAUUCCGCCAUUUUUGGAAAUACGCUCA